GAAACGCGAUAAACAUUGUGUAAUGACAUGUUUACAUCAAACAGCCAGCGUGGUCACAUAUUUUCUUCAGGCAUUUCCUGGGAAUACUACUCGACUCCCGACAAGCCGUUUAAGGACCCCAGGAUGUCCAUGCUUGCUGAACCCCGGAGGAAACAGAAGUGGUCAGUUGACCCCAGGAACAGUGCCUGGAGUAAUGAUGACUCCAAAUUUGGUCAGAAGAUGCUGGAGCGAAUGGGCUGGUCCAAAGGCAAGGGCCUGGGCAGAAGUGAGCAAGGCUCCACCGAACAUAUAAAAGUAAAAGUUAAAAACAACAGCUAUGGUCUUGGAACCAGUGUCAGCCAUGAGGAUAACUGGAUUGCCCACCAAGAUGAUUUCAAUGAGCUUCUUGCACAGCUGAACAACUGCCAUGGCCAAAGCAACAACACCGAACCUCCUCCAGAGGAGCAGAAAGGCUUCAGUUUGGAAGAGAAGUCCAAGACCUCCAAAAAGAGGGUCCAUUACAUGAAAUUCACUAAAGGGAAGGACCUGUCCUCCCGUAGUGAAACAGACCUUAACUGUAUCUUUGGGAAGCGAACAAAAUCUGCCACAGAACAAGACCAGGAGAGCAACAGCAGCGAUUCUCAGGGUGAGAAGGAGACCACGACCACUGCCCCCACUGAACUUGAUACAGAGUCCAUCACCAAGACUGUGACGAGUACUCUCACUAUGCAGGAGUAUUUUGCACAGCGAAUGGCUCAGUUGAAGAAGGCUCGCGGCCAGGCUCAGAGUACAGAGACCAAUGACAUAUCAGGUCCAUCCGAGGAGCCUAGUCCCAUCCACAGCACCGAUGAAAAUGCAGAAGAGCCCAAAAAGAAAAAGAAGAAGAAGAAGAAGGCGAAAAAGGCUGAAGAGGAGACGGAAGUGGUCGAAGCAAACUGUGAAGCUCCCAUCAUAGUGGAAGAUGAUGAGGAGCAGGAGCCUUUAAAGAAAAAAAAGAAGAAAAAGAGAAAAGCUGAAGAAAAUGAAGGGGCUUUGAAUGAGAACUGUAGCUCCACCUCUGGUGUAGAGCAGGACUGUGAGGAGGUGCCUCCCUCCAAGAAGAAAAAGCUUAAAAAACACAAAAAGGAAACUGAGCUUCUAGAUGGACUAAAUGGGCUAACUGAGGAUCAAUCUGAGGUCGUACACAAAAAGAAGAAGAAGAAAUCCAGAGAGGAGGUGCAUGAUGUGGUAGAAGAGGACAAAGAGGAGCUGGUAGAGAAGAAAUCCAAAAAGGACAAGAAAAAGAAACAUCAAGAUUAGGGAGGAACUGAUAAAACUGGCCUCCAAUUCUGUCGGUUCUUUAGGCUGCAGGAGGACUUAUAUUAUCCUGUUAUCAUACAGAUGAUCAUGGAGGCAUACAGAUAUGGAGUACAUGCCUUUAUGAGUAAAUCAAAUGUCUUGUAAAUAUACCACUUAAUAACUUGUUAAUGAAGAUCACUUUGCUACAGUGAGGAGAAAAGAGAAAUUACACAUUUGAUCACAUUAGAACUUGAAGCUGCCCUUUAAAGUCAUCAAUUUGUUCUCUUGGGCACCAGGACACACCAUUGUAGCUGCAGAUGGUAAAAUGCCUUGCCUUUAAGAAAUGGGUUGACAUUUUGGGAAACUUGCUUAUUCACUUUCUUGCUGAGAGUCGACACUGUCAGUCUGAACGGUAAAUAUGAAG